AUGAGCAUUGAGUGCGACGAUGUCUCUGGACUCACACCAACACCAAGAUCCAUCCUGGACACCAAUGGGAAAUCAGGAAAGAGCAUGGUGGAGUUCUUGUCGUACUUGGAUGCAUGCACUUUGGAACAGAGACCAGAUUGCAUUAUUUGGGAAUGCGUUUCCAAGCUGGACAGCUUCAGGCAAAGCAAUGUUCAGGAGCGAGGGACUGAUGUGGUCAAGGAGACUUCUGCCCAGCGUGGAUACAUUACAGAGUUUCAGAAAGAGAUUGACAACAAGAGAAAGAAUAAGAAGAAGAUUGAGGAUGAGGGCACUGGCAAAAAGUGGCCUUCAAUGCACACAAAGUUCAAAGAUCAACAUGGCAUUGAUGAUGCUGACCUGUGCUGCAAGCAGCUGAUGUGGCUGAAGGAGCAGUUGCAAACUUUGCAGCUGCCGAAGAGAGAGGUUGAAGGCGCCAUGCUUACGUUUGCAGCACUGAGAAAGCAGCGACAACAAGAUAUUGUGUUGAAGGGUGUCCUCUAUGUCUGCAACAUUGGGGACAGCAUCACCCGAAUGCGAUGGAAGACCACGCACCACUGUUUGCUACCGAGGAAGAGAUAUUUGUACUUGACGGAGGGCACAGUCUUUAUCAAUCCAGGAAAGCAAUUCCUUUUUGCAUUGCAAGGGUUAAGUCCUGCAGAGCUUUAUGGCCUCCAGCAUCGUCUCAGCUGUACAGAGUGCCAAGAUCUACUGGGGAAUGCUUUCACAAGCAAUGUAAUUGCAGCUGUUGCUUUGGCAGUUUUGCUGUUUGUCCUCCCCGGAAAGUGA